UUAGCUUUUAGCUCAACACCGCUAGCCACAGUCAAUCCAGACACGCACACACACCACAGACAGACACUGCACCAGCUAGCAGCUCAGUAGCUUUAAAUUAACUCCAUGGAUUAUGCUGUCUGCUAUUAACUCACAAUUGCUUUACCAGUUUGAACACAAUACAACACAAGCAGUACACACUGUUAACAACUCACUAGUCAUGCUAUACAUAUGCUUGAGCAACAUUUUAUUUGUAAUUGUAUUUCAAUUUGAAAAUUGUAUUUGUAAUUGUUAAAUUCAGCUCUAAUAUGUAACUGUAAGUAAGCACUGACAGAAUAUUUUGGUAAUGUGAUGAUGUCAUGUGGUUUUUGCUUGUUUGACCCCUCUGGGGGUCGUGACCCCUGCUUUGGCGGCCCUGACGGUUGUGUCGUGUGCGUUCCGCAGGAGAAGACCAGUGCACUCAGCCUGAGCAACGUGGCUGGCGUCUUCUACAUCCUGGUGGGCGGUCUGGGCUUGGCCAUGCUGGUGGCCCUGAUCGAGUUCUGUUACAAGUCGCGCGCCGAAGCCAAGCGCAUGAAGAUGACCUUCUCGGACGCGAUGCGGAGUAAAGCACGCUUGUCCAUCACGGGCAGUACGGGGGAGAAUGGGCGAGUGAUGACUCCUGAGUUUCCCAAAGCAGUGCAUCCGGUGUCCUAUGCCGGCCCUGGGGGCAUGGCCAUGAACGUCAGCCUCACCGAUCUCUCCUAACGGAACACUACACAGCCAGUGCCUUACACUCCACAGCAGUCUCUCCCUCUACUCUGCCAUCGUUUAGUUCUCUCUCUCUCGCUCUCUCUCUCUCUCUCUCUCUCUCUCUCUUUAUUUUCUGUUUCCUACAUCUCUGAUUUCUUUACUCUCUCUAUUUUCCAUUCUUUCUCUCUUUCUCGCUCUCUCUCUCCUCUCUGUCUUUAUUUAUCUUUCUCUCUCUUUCUCUCUCUUUAAUUGUUUUCCUUGGUUGAAUGGCUUUCAGUUGAUACCACAGAGAUAUUUUUUCUCUGUCCUUUGUCAAAGAAAGGGCCCCUUCUCUUAUUUGGAAUUGGAUUCUAUGGAUACAAAGGAAUGCCUUUGUGCACCAACGUCAUCAUUCCGAUCCCUUAUCUUUUAAAAAGCUUCGUUUUAUUUCAUUUAUGAAUCUUUUUUUUGAUCUGGAGAUGCAGUUUGACUGACGUCCACCGCUGCUCUGGAGAGACCUGCACUUGGAACUAGGAGAUUGGAUUGAUAGGGGUCUCAUUGUUACGACACAUCUGUUUCCGUAGCUACUACAACAAGAUUAUGAAUCCAUUUUAACUCAAGCACACGCGACUUCAUCUGCAUCAGGAUGUGAACAUGUUUUCUUCUUUUUUUAAAUAAAAUUAUAAUAAAAAAGCUAAACUAAAAAUGUUUUUAUGUAUUUUCACAAACAGAUGGCUUUUAAAUAAUGCUUACAUACCAGUUGAAAAUAUGUGUCUUAAUAUAUAUAUACAUAUAUUUGAAAACAUGUACAAAAUAUUAAUACUUAAUAAAAAAAAUACAAAAAUAUAUAUAAAAAUGGCCUAGCUACUAGUUUAAUAUUUUCAAAGCCAAAUAUGUUACUUAUUGGGGUGAAACACUUAGUUCAUGUAAUUUAUGGCUUUUUCUCUGUGUCUUCUAUUUUAACAUUCAGUGGAAAUGUGAAAGAAAACUACUUAGCAAUGCUUGACAUUUAAAAUCACAUGUCUUAUUUUUGUAUGCUGUUCUUUUCUCCCAUCCUUUGGUGCCACAGUUGUUAGUUUUCCUUGUGUGUGUUUGCUUUAAGACAUUUUUGCUGUUUGUGUUUUCGUUGCCAAGGGUCAGGGUAGCAGUUUCACUUUCAGACAUUUUAAAAGCAGUUUACACAUUAUGAAUGCAAAAAAAAAGGAACUAAAAAACUAGAUAUGACAUUACUGCAUAUGUUUUGCUGUGAAGUAGGAGUAUACACAUCAACAAAAUUGCCAAAUAAUCUGGCGUGCCAAAAUUAGACAUGACUUUAGUCCUAAGUAUAGCCAGUCACUGUCAUCAAAAUGAAUGUAGUGGGCACAUUCUUUAAGUUUUGUAAUUAAAUGUACAGUUUGAUGGCUAGUGCAGUGUUUUUUACUGACAGGCUUUCUGUUAUGUUAUAAAUCUGAUCGCAGUACAAGGUCAUGUUUGCUGCAUGUCACAUCUUAUCAUUUAUUUGCAAUUAAACUGUAAUCUAUUACCGUCAGAAUAAUCUGUUAUCGGUGAGAUGUUGAUCUUGUGAGACAACACGACAAACGUCUUAUGGACAUGAUUUGCACAUCUACAUCUCAAGAUCCCCGUGCCCUUUUAAAAACUUAAAAAUCUUUCUUUUCAUUUUAUUAUUUUCAUUGACAGAGUCAUUGAGCUGUAUGCUUGUAAUUGCAAUUUAAUCAGUUUACAAUUGUAAUGACAUGUCUAAUAUACAGUAGCUAUAUAUAUACAUUUAUAUAUAUAUACAUACAUAUACAUAUAUUACAAAUUAAUUCACUCUCACAUAAUUUAGAUAUUGUGAGAAUGUAUAUUAAGUCCCCAUACAGAUAGAAUUUAGAUGGUUUUCAGCUCUCGUUUCACAUGCCCCCAAGCCUUGGUACAUGUCCCCUGUACAAAAAGCAGCAGGAACUUCCUUUGUAUCGCAGGAUUUGCUUUCUCUAUAUAAACUCAAACACACACACACACACACACACACACACACACACACACACACACAAACACACACACAUGCACAUACAGUGCUGUUUCUCUGCAAUCAUGUUCACCAGUUGUUCUCGAUUCCAUAAGGUUGUGUUCAUUAGGUUUCCGAUGCCACUGCAUUUCUGCACAUUUGGACAUUUUGUAAAUGAAUGUGUGCCAACUCGUUUUAUUUUUGGGACUCUUUCUAAAUAAAAAAAGUGACUAAUAA